GCGAGUCCGGGUACGGGACGGCCGCCACCCUUGGGUCCCGCCUCCCUGUUCUGCGGCAAUGGCACAGCAAUGGAUGAUUUCAACUUGAGUAUUGCUGCUGGUGGCGAUGGUGGGCUUGGAGGAGGCGGCCACUGCAAUGACGCCUGCAACACGGCUGCCAUGUAUUCCACAAAUACCAACAACAACAACAGCAACAACAAUUGUAUUGACCACAACGGCAAUAGUAACCUAACUAAUUGCCUGAAUGGCAACAAUGGCAGCACAAACAAUGCCAACAGCAACAACAACAACAACACCAACAGCAGUAUGUUUGUCACUAUGCAGUCGCAUGGCUCACUCCUGCAAAAGCAACAACAGCAACAACAACAACAACACUUGCAAAUGCAUUUCGACACGCACUCGCAUACACAAUUUCCAAUCGAGGGCAACUCGCCGCCUUGCAACUCGACGCCCCCCACGCCAUCCACAUCACUGCGCCACGCCACAAAGGCUGGCACCAAAUGUGACUCCGCGGCCGCCGUUGCACUCGGGCUCCCUAUGGCGCUGCCAUUAUCAUUGUCGCUGCAUUUGCCGAUGUCGUCGUCAGCGUUGACUUGCCGCACCGCCGCGACAUCAGACGCAACGCAGUGUGCCUAUUGUUGUCAGCCAAUUUGUGAUCGUUACAUAAUGCGAGUCGUGGACACUUCAUUUCACGAGGGAUGCCUCAAGUGCGCCACCUGCGCCCUGCACUUGCUCCACUCCUGUUAUGCGCGCGAUGGCAAACUUUAUUGUCGCAUAGACUAUGAAAGACAAUUUCUGCGCAAUCGAUGCCUCGGCUGUGGUCACAGAAUCGCCUCCGAUGAGCUGGUUAUGCGAACUUUUGACAGCGUUUUCCAUUUGAAAUGCUUUGCCUGCGUUGUAUGCGGCGGCAUCUUGAAGAAGGGAGAGCAGUAUGUGGUGAAGCAGGGUCAACUAUUCUGCCGUUUGGAUUAUGAAAAGGAGGUGGAAAUGCUGCAGGGUUAUGAUUUUUAUGGCGACGACUUAUUUACGCCGAAAUUGGAUGGACGACGUGGUCCUAAGCGACCCCGCACCAUUCUGAAUACGCAGCAGAGAAGGGCUUUCAAAGCAUCUUUUGAGUUAUCGCCAAAACCAUGUCGAAAAGUAAGAGAGAAUUUAGCAAAGGAGACUGGAUUAAGUUUAAGAAUUGUACAGGUUUGGUUUCAAAAUCAGCGUGCCAAGGUGAAAAAAAUCCAAAAGAAGGCGAAGCAGGAACACUCGAAAGGAGCUAGCGACUCACAAGAUUCUCAAGAAUCGGACAGUAGCAAUUUGGCGAAGAUUAAAGACGAAGCGCACAGUGACAGUGAAUCGCUGCUGGAGUCGCCGUUUUCCGCUUGCGUUGAUGGCGCUGUAAAAAUGCGCUCUAUCAAAGAUGAAAAUGAGAAUACGUCAUUUAAUUGCAUGGAAACCAAUAAAGAAAACUGCAACAAGAUGAACGAGCCUUUCCUGAGUACCGUACUCGGAUUGAGCUACUCCACAUUUCAACAGUUAAUGGGGCCACUCACCCAAUCGCCAAUGGUCAAUCCCAUCGAUCGGCUCUACAGCAUGCAGAAUUCAUACUUUCGGCCGGAGGAACUGGGCUAUAGCGGUUGCUCUAAGGACUUGGUUGAGCCUUAAAAAGAAAAUUCGCAAAAAAAAAAUCGUGCACUGUGCAAAUAAAGAAGUAAAAUGCA